CUAAAGUUACAUCUGAUCAGAUCCAUCAACGACCCGGAGCAUCCUCUGUCUCUGGAGGAACUCAAUGUCGUGGAGCAAGUCCGAGUCCAGGUUAAUGAUGCAGAGAGCAUUGUGGGUAUUGAGUUCACGCCCACCAUCCCCCACUGCAGCAUGGCAACACUCAUUGGCCUGUCAAUCAAAGUGAAGCUGCUGCGCUCGCUGCCAGACCGAUUCAAAAUUGACGUCCACAUCACUCCCGGGACUCACGCCUCAGAGGAAGCAGUGAACAAACAGCUGGCAGACAAAGAGAGAGUUGCAGCAGCUCUGGAGAACUCCUCUCUGCUGGAGGUGGUCAACCAGUGCCUGACCCCCCCUAAGGGCGUCUGAGCAGCCAAUCAGCUUCAUCGUCUUCUGCUUUCAGCCACUGAUCAGCCAAUCGUGUUCGGCUCUGUCUUUGACGACUGAGGUGUGUCUGCCAAGCUCUGUGUCCGGCCGCCCAUCACCAAUACAGGUGUGAAUAGCUGCAACUGGCGGACACUGAUGCAGCAAACCCAAUUAUUGAAUGUUUCCUCCUAAAGAGAGCCAUACAGACGGCUAGUCAUCAUGCAGAACAGUCUGCACAAAGCAGUAUUAGUAAUUCUACUUCCAUCUGUGAAUUUUUGUGGUGAAAAAGUUGAGAAACUCUGCCCGUCAGGUCAUUCAGUGUAUUUCCUGUUUUAUAUUAUUAAAUCUGUAUUCUAACGGAUGCAAUGAAUCAUUUUUAGAAUAAUAUUUAGACUCAACAUCUGCAGCAACAAUCCACACACGUAUAUAAUAUUGAUGCUUUUGACAUCAUAUUAAAAAUGUAUAGACCAGAAAUUACAAAUAAAAGAUGAAGAUAUUUU